UGCUUGCAUAUUUUUGCACAUACAUCAUAUGUUGAAAUUGUAAUAAGUACUACUAUAUAAUCCCAAGUAAGAUAACUUCCAUAAUCACAAUUAUUCAAAACAAAGUAGGUAAGAACGUGGAGAGUCCCAGAAAAAAUGCCUUGCCUUUAUCUCUCUACCAAUGUUAAGCUAGAUGGAAUUAACAUCGAUCCCAUUUUUACACAAGCAACAACUGCUGUCUCCACUAUCAUAGGAAAACCAGAACAGUUUGUGAUGGUUUUAUUGAAGGGAUCAGUUCCAUUAAUGUUUGAACAUAACAAAGAACCAGCUGUAUAUGGUGAACUAGUUGCAAUGGGUGGCAUAAAUUCAAAAGUGAAGAAGGAUCUAAUUGAUACCAUUGGCACAAUAUUGGAGACCAACCUGUCUAUACCAAGAACAAGAUUUUUUCUCAAAGUCUUUGACACAACACUUCUUAAACAUGAUAAUGAUCACUCCAAACUCUAGUGAUUGUCUCAUGUUUUGUCCCAUGUUCUCUAAUAAUAAUAAUAAUAAUAAUAAUAAUAAUAAUAAUAAUAAUAAUAAUAACCCCAUAUGCAAUAAAUAAAUUAUAUUAU